UUUUAUGAUUGCGACUGAGUAAUUUGAUUGUCUUCCAAUUGAAGAGGUUUCUACAAUGUUGGGUUCGAUCUAAAUGAAAGUAUUUAUACCUUUGUAACCUUAGGAAUACCCAAUUUUCGAUGUUUAAAAAGGUGUCCUUACAAAGAAGAAGGUGAAAUACCACAAUUAUGAUGACGAAGAAAUCGAAAUUAGGUUCGAAUGCGAAUAAUCAUAAUAUUGCACUGUGAAUGACAAGGUUGUAAAGAUUCCUCCCAAAGGUAUCCAAGAAUUCUUAUGUUUAGGACUUGAUUUUUUAAGAAUUAGAAUAUUGGUUCCAAGCAAUUGUUAGGAACACUAAAUAUCAUUAACGGUUGAUGCACAUGAUAAACAAACAGGAUUGAUAAAGUAGAAGAUUAUAUUUAAAUUAAAUGUUGUGAAUCCUUGAGG